ACAUAUAUUUCAUGAGAGUAACAUAUGUCAAUUUUUUAAUUCCAAACAAAACAACAGUAAAUUUAAAAGAAAUGCUUCAAAAUAAUAACGAAGAAAUUAAUGCAAUAAUGGAUCAAAGAUUCAACGAAUCAGAGGAAAAACUACGAUUAAAAGAAGAACUAAAUCUUAAAUUAAUUGAAUGUGGAUGGAAGGAAGAAGUUAAGGAAUUGUGUAAAAAAAGUGCUUCAAAAUUUGCAGAGGAAAAAGGAAUUGAAAACGUUACUGCAGACGAUUUAAUAAAUGAUAUAACUCCACAAGCAAGAGGAUUGGUGCCAGACCAUAUCAAAGUGGAAUUACUAAACCAAGUCAAAGAAUAUUUGGAAAAACAACCCGAAUUUAGUUGAAUUUGAAAUGAUUUAUUUAUUUUUAUUAUGAAAAUUGUAAAUAUAAGUAUUUUGACUUCAAAUUUGUAAAAAUUAUAAAUAAAUAUGAAUGUAUCAUUUUUAUCGGCAUAAAAUUUUUA